CAGAACUGUCAUUUCUUACGUCGUUGCCUUAUAAUUUGUUCAUUGAACGUUUUCUAUUGGUAACAUACCUAUAUUGACAUUUUACUAAAAUCUAAGAUAACUGAAAAUAUGAGCAGUUUUUUUCGGUUUUAGACAUUAUGUGUUAGUAUAGUAUUAAAUUCGAACAUUGUAUGUGCAUUACAGUGAAAAAAGGCAGCUCAAUAUGGACGCCAAAAGAAGGUUAUCAACGCAAGGUGACUCGUUGUACGAGAUUUUAGCAUUGCCGAAGACGGCAACUAGCGAGGAGAUCAAGAAGACAUACCGACGCCUGGCGCUAAAGUACCACCCGGACAAGAACCCAAACAAUCCGGAGGCUGCAGAGAAGUUCAAGGAAGUGAACAGAGCGCACUCGAUCCUCAGCGAUGCUACCAAACGUAAUAUCUAUGACAACUACGGCUCACUGGGUCUGUACAUCGCUGAGCAGUUCGGAGAGGAGAAUGUCAACGCAUACUUUGUAGUCACCUCGACAUGGUGCAAGGCAUUAUUUUUCCUCUGCGGGCUGUUGACUGGUUGUUACUGUUGUUGCUGCCUGUGUUGUUGCUGUAACUGCUGUUGCGGAAAAUGCAAACCGAGGCCACCAGAGGACACCGGCGACUAUCACACGUUGAACCGAGAUCAGGGUACCAGUUCCGAUCAUGGACCAAUCACAAUGCAGCCAGGUAAAGGGGAUGACGGAUCAGACGAUGACCGAGGCGGCGGUUCCCCUCCAGUUACUAGCCAGCCGUCCCCCAAUAAAAAGCCUCCCAGCGCCCCCGUGUACGCCAUGCCUCCUCCCCCGCAGCAACAAGGGGAGAACGCGGCGCUCAACCAGGGUGACGUACCAGUAUACACACCAGGAAUAGUUGAACGAUCCAGCUCGAUAUUGGAACAUAAAUCAAGACUCAAGUCUGUCGACAGUUCAAGUGUAGAUUCAAGCUAUAGUUUAUUGUUGGAAAAUACUGCUUCCAAAACUAUGAGAAAGUCUAGAUCUAGAAUAGAAACACAUCGGAGCGAUAGUUAUACUAGAAUCAGCCGUAGGUCACAGUCUAAGAAACGCUGUACUAUAUUGUAAUAUUUCUAGUCUCGAUGUAAAAUAUCUUGUAGAUUAAAUUUGGAGAGAGAAUAAGAAGCAUUGAAUAUUUGUUUUAUUUCAAUAAAAUCAAGAGAGUUGAUAUUACAGUCCAAUUUAAUGUUGUAGAUCUGUUCCACAAUCAAUAGAAUGGACAAAUGGCAUGAAAAUGGUGAUGGUUGUUGUCCACAUCAACGCAUUUUUAGGGCUCUGAUACAAACAAAAUCAGUUAAUGUGCAAAUAUGUUAUAAGUGCUAUACAUUCACGAAUAGUUAACGGCUAGUGGUGACGUCCGUCAACAUGAGAAUCUACCCUUACUAGAAGUAGGUCGGAAUAGAACGGCUAUGUUACUACUUAGGUCGGUAUAACAAAUAUUCGGGCAUGUCGGAUAUUGUAUUUGUAUUCAGGAAGCCACACUCAUGAGUUGAAAUAUUUACGACAUAGUAAAUAGUUCUUACAUUUUGACCUACUCAAAACAGUAUGGUACCUAGAUGUUAAGUAUUGGGCAGUGCCUGGUAAAAUCACCUCAGCAUAUUGGAAAUUUGAAUUAGUUUAGAUUUUUAUUUUGUGGAAUCAGAUUUGUCGAGUUCUCUCUUUAAUAUCACAUUGUCAUUAUUCUUGGUAUCCAUUAUUUUUUUGCUGCUGUCUUAUAUUUUAUGUGCUUUGUUGUUUUUGGAUUUUUUGGUAGAAAUUAAUUUUAGUAGAUAUAAGUAUUUUAUUUGAAUUGCACCCAUAUCUGUAUUGUCUCUUUAUAAGUAUUUUAAAUCUAGUGAAUCAUAUAAACUAACUUGAAACCAGAUUCUACUCUCUACAGUCUGGUCUGUUGGUUUUAUAAUACUAAUAAUUUUGGUUCCAUGGCUUCAGUCAGCACAUCUAUAGUUUAGUCAAAAAAAAUUAAUCAUAGUAUGAUGUAAUAUAAUCACAGACGGUGAUACCUUGAAAUCCGUUAUUUCCAAACUAUAGUAUUUCUAGUAAAAUAUAUUCGACAGUUUUAUCACAGAAACUAAACACUCUAGAUUGCGAUCAUUAUUCUUGUGAUAAGGUUUCUCGGAAUUCUUAUUGCUUGUUUGGAAUGAUAUACCAAUUCUUUGAGAAUUCUGAAACGAAGUUGUAUGAUACACCCAGACGGUGACGAUUUUUUUUUGUUUUAGAUUUAAAAUAAACGAAAGGAGUGAAUAGUGAGAAAACAUAUUAUUCACACAGACAUAUACGACAAAAACACCGAAGAAAAAAUUGCGUCGGCGCGGUGAAGAAGUUUCCGAUUCAUCUUCUGAUACCUAGUCAAAAUCUCAAUUAUCUUAGUUUUUCGUCGGAUAAUAAUUAUAAAAGUUAAAUAUUAUUAUGUAAGGAUAAAAACGAUAUUAUCACGAUCUAUUGUCACGAGUUUGCGGUCGAGUUGAUGCUUUUGUCAGGUUAUUGUGAAAAACUUUCGAAUUUCUAGGAUCUAUCUAAAAUAUGCAAUCAUGCUUUAUGCCCGUAUGCACCGUAUAUGGAUAAGCUCGGCUUAAGGUUUCAGCGGGCUCAAGUUUCUAUUUUUGUAUGCAUUCUGGCCUAUACAGCACUAAACCACGCUUAGCGUUAAGUCUGUCAUUUUGAGAGGCUUUUAAUUCGGCGUUCGAUUUGUGAGGUUAGUGUAACAAUCAAGUCAGUUUUUCGCAAAAAAAGAACGCUCAUCACGUUUUAGUAUGUAUUGGUGUAACUUUUUUAAUGAAAUUUUAAUUGUAAUAGACUUGCAUCAGGAAGAUAUAUUUACAACCUCAUUAGUGCUUUAUAUAAACAGCAUGUACAACGAAGGAAUUGCUCCUCACACGGUCUUUCGACAAUAUUAAGUUUUGAUUCUCCAUGGUAUAAAAUUAUAGAAGAUGGAUGUAUUUGCUUGUCCCUAAACAAGAUCUUGUAUAUGCAUUAAACAACAUACAUGAGCCAGUGCGUAUGAGCCAGUUAAAUGUAUAAAGGAAGGUUUAUUACGUAAAAACCCAUAUAUCAAAAAAUCUGUAAAAUAUCAACUUGUGCACUAGGUACAAGUGGGCAUAAGAUGAAUGUCAGCAAGUUCAAAGGUGACAUUUUAUAGGUAAACUUACAUACAUAAUCUCAAAAAACAUACAUAAUGUCAUAAAAAUAGAUGUCACUUUCAGGUUACGGGUGCCAGCUUACUUAAGCCUAGCUUUAGUAUUUACCGUGCGCAGCUUGGAAUCUCAAGCUGAGAUUAAUUAUUGAGCCUAGCCUAGCCUACGUAUGUGGAGCUUAGGCGAACAGCAGUAGGCACAGGCAUUAGAAAUUCAACAUUAAAGUCGUUUUUUCACAUGAAUUUGACGUUUUGCUGUGUUAGUAUCGCUAACUCGUUACAGGAUGUUAUAGUAAUUGGUUCGUCGAAAACUGGCUACCGUAUUUUAAGUAGGAGUCACACGAUGUUAGUUGUUGUAAUGCGGUCGAAUCACACUUUCAUUAAUUAAAGAUAUACUCCUAUUAUUCCAAAGUCCCAGCAGUUGGAUUUCGACCAUCCAUACUUAAUUUUAAGAAAAUUGAAUAUAUCUAGAAGGGAUUGUUUUUAAAGUCAUAAAAACAAGGUCUGGAGCAUAUCGUAACAUUGCAUUUUUUCAAGACUAGAUGUGAUUGCACUAUUUUUUCACUUGAAUUUAUUUGACGGGUUUAAUCUAUCGAUCUUUUUUUAGUAAACCAGACGAAACGAACGAUUUUAUGAUCUGUAGUAUCUAGGUUGCAUAAUGGAGGACUUUAAGCAUACAAUAAUUUCUCUGUCGCGUUCCCGUCAUACACAUGAUCCGUAAUGAUUAUUUGGACACCUCUUUCUAGCUAUUUUCGAUAUUCAAAUUAUCAUGCCAGUUUCAAAAUUAUCAUAGCGGUUCAAAUGUGACAGCAAGGCGCCAUCGAAGUUAAUUUCAAUGGUCGAAGUUCAGUUAGUUAGAAUGAGUGCCCUGGUCUGAAAAAUGAACUCCUAUCAUUUAUGUAUGAACAUAUAAACGUCCAAUUUUUAUGAUGUAUGCACAAAAAAUUAAGUAUGAAAUAUGGUUGCCAGUUCAAUACCCUAUCAUUAUAUGAGUUUAAUUUGUUCUGUACUAUGCAAUUCUGCUUAUCUAAGUAUGAUAUUUGUGGGUACAUGCACUUCUGAAAUCGAUAUCAGUAUUUCUAUUUAUGUAAUUUCAAGAAAGAUAUACAGGAUGUACCAGAAAUCGAUGCAAAAAAUGUGUCUCUUUAAAUACCAAAUAAAAAAGCAUUAUGCGCUGUUAUACUUAUUCUGGUUAAUAUACGUUGUACGUAUUGUUUCUUUCGGUUUAGCGUAUUGUAUCUUAAUCAUAGGGUUUGAAAACACUGACAAGGAACUUUAAUAUUUCGAUUUUAAAAAGAGGUUAUUUUUUUUAUGCUCGAUUUUUGGUAAUGCCUUCGUGAAAGUUUUAUUUUUAAUCGCUUCAAUCUGUAAAAUAUAACUUAUUCGUUUCUUAUUAUCGCACUUAACAAUUUUAGGUAGAAUUAGAUCAUUGGCAGCCUAAAAUUGCUACGGAAUCAUGACAUGUCCUAUCAAAUAUUGAUUGUCUGCUGACGAUUUAUUUUAAGGUAAAGUUGUAAAAGUAAAUCCAUAUAUUAUACAGGAUAUUCAUUGGAAGAGGGAAAUAUUUCAAUCGCGGUUAGAUGCCACUGGUACUUAUACCCGAGAUAUAAGGUUUCGUUUUAUCCAAAAUCAAUUCAAUAUUGCGUCGUUCUAUCCACGGUUGAAAUAUUGCCCUCUCCAAGUGAAAUGUGUAAUUUAUCUUUAUGAAUUAUUGUCAAUAUACUGCAUCAAUUGUUAGUUUCCAAGCUAUUUCAGAAGCAAAAAUGUAACACUUGCUAUAUUAUUUCGUUCUGAUUGCAGUGAUCACGUUAAUAGUAUGAAUUUACCGUUGGUCAUUCGUGUCACAAUAACUGUUCCCAGCAAGUGGUAGAAAUGAUUUCGACAUUCUGAUCUGUAUCACUUUUGUUACACUAAUCAGUCUAACGGAAUACAUCAACUGAUGCAGUUCUUUUACCUGGAACGGGUUAUGUAUGUUACUUCAUCAAGACUGACUUUUUUAUAGGACAUGUCCAGUUUUUUCAGAUUCUAUAAAAUAGGUAUGAAUCUACUGUUAUAAUCUUGGUUUUUGUUUUUUAAGAAUUCCAAGCAGCUACGAAAGUGAUAUAUACAACAUAUAUGUUUAUUUGAGCUCUUCCAAAUCCCAAUUCUAUUGCUAGUUGGUUUGUCUUUAAUAAGUACGUUGUUCGUGAAUAUGAACAAGCUGUGUUAUACAACGAUUUUUUAGCAAUGGUGCUAUUUUUCUUUAUUCUUGUCAAACAAAGUGUUUUACUAUAUCAUUCGUACACCAUACAAGAAUUAAAGCCUCUGCAAGAAAUAUCGCCUCGGCUCCAAGCAGUGUGACAAAUCUACCAUGUUAUCUAAUGAAAAUAUGCUUAUAAGCAUUUGAGACUACUUUUAUGUGAGUUAUUUUUUAUUAAAGCUAUGAAUCCUAUUUACGAACACGGACUUGCAUUGUUAUACAAGCAAUGUUACUCUAUUGAAAUUGUCACUGUAGGCAAGAAAAAUGUAAUUUUAAUAUUUAUUCAAGUACUAUUGUUAAGUGAGUGUAAUUUAAAAGAAGGUCUUAGCCUAGUUUGAUUCUAGAAACAAAAUCUGUGUAUAUUUACUGAAGAUAAAUAUAAAGCUAUUCUUAAUCAUAGGUUCAGCCUUUUUCUAUGCUUAGUAUUUAAGAAUGUGGUAACAUUUUCGAAAUAUGCAGGAUCGAUGAGUACCUACCUACUAGUUUACUAGUACAUAAAAUACCUAAUUUGAGACGUACACUACCGCACAAAUAUUUUGGGACAGUAACUUUUUUGAGAGAAAUUAAAAUAAAUAAGGCAUAUUAUAUGACACUGAUUAAUGAUUACCAUCUAUAAUACGACUAUUCAAGCUAAAGAUGCAUAAGAAUUAGUGAAACACCGCUUAAAAGAGAAUAAAUGUAAACAUCUUUAGAGACUCUGAUAUUUUUAUUAGUCCUUUGCAUAAAUCGGCCCAAUUCCUGCCGCUGUUUACUUUUUUUUUAACUAUGUAUUAUGUUCGGCGUAAUAUGGCACAUAAACAUUCUGGGUAUCGAUGAAACAAAUUAAAAAUUGUACGUAGUUUAGUAUGAGGGACUGCCAAUUGGCGAUCGAUUGCUGAAAGCCUGCAUAUCGGACGAACCACGGUGUCUCAAAUUUCGAGGAAAAACAGAGAAACAGGCAGUGUCGUAGAUCGUCCACGCUCUGGAAGACGGAGUUACAAUUGUUCCUGAGGAUAGGUUUAUAGUAAUAAGUAAGUGAAAUAGACAUUUAACUGCACCUGAACUUACACACAGCUUGAAUAGAACUAGGGAAAACCCUGUACCCGUGUCCACGGUAAAAAGCCGCUUACAAAGGGCUAACCUUAGAGGAUGUGUAGCAGCACGCAAACCACUCCUGGGAGGAUUGGACCAUUGACGAUUGCAAUCGAGUCCUUUGGUCGGACGAAUCCAAAUUUGAAAGGUUCGGAUCUAGACGACGACACUUUGUACGCCGCCAACCCCAUGAACGCAUGGCUCCGCAAUGUUUGCAGCCCACUGUUAAACAUGGAGGUGCGAGUGUAAUGGUUUGGGGAUGUUUUGCCGCAAUUAUUUGAACCAUCAGCAAAAACUUGGUGCAAUAAAAUCAUGACGUAGCCUUCUCAGUCUCCAGAUUUGUCUCCUAUCGAGUAUUUGUGGGAUGAAAAAGAGCCUACUAGUGCUGCAGACUUGUGGGCUAAACUGCAGGAAGCGUAGGUGUCCUUGUCAGGAACUAUUCUUGAAAUUUUGAUACGUCGGAUGAGUCUUGUCUGUAAUGCACUUAUUCGAGCUCGUGGUGGACACUUCGAUGAAUCAUGAAUUGAAAGUAAAUUUUGAUAGAAAUAAGUUACCAACUGAUUAAGUUUUAGUGGAAAAUAGUUUCCUUUUUAUGUUUUUGAUUAAACACACUCUGGUUUGAUUUCCCUCAAAUAAUCUACAGUCCCAAAACUUUUGAGCGGUAGUGUGUGUGAUUAUUAAUCCAGUACCUUUGUAACCCGACGGAGAGAAAAGCUACUUCUCAUUGGAGUAUUGGGAUCAAUAAUGCUGACUUCUCAGGUUAAUAGUGAAAAAACUUGGAAAAGAAAUUAUUUUAUUAUAACAGUUCUCAUACAAUUUGUUCACAGAUACUGAUACAUAAAACACCAAAGAUUAAAAUUCAUAAAAAACAAUCAA